AUGUCCGCUCAGGGCCAGAGGCCAGGUCUCCAGUAUGCAGGAAGCCUGCUGGACAGGACCCCUCCAGGAUGUAACUGUCAGCUGAUCCCUUCUGGGAGGGAAGGGGAAGCUGGCAGGUGUGGAUGGGAAUGGGGGGUAAAGAGGGGAUGGGGGUAGUGUGUGUGUGUGUGGCUGACAGUGACAUUGGGAAGGUUUGUUAUAUUAUAUAUUACUCCCCUCCUUCCUCCCUCCCUCCAUCCUCCUCCUCCUCCUCCUCCUCCUCCUCUUCUUUCCUCCUCCUGCCAACUCACCCUCUGCAGCUGUGGAGGCCUCCUGUAGUGGAAAGACUUUGUGGAAAGAGGAACACAGAGGAACACUGAGAAAGAGUGUGUGUGUGUGUCCCUGUGUGUGUGUCCCGUGUGUGUAUCCCUGUGUGUGUAUCCUGUGUGUGUCCCUUUGUGUGUGUGCAUUUCCAUAUGCAAUACUAUAAAUGUAUGCAAGUUUAUGCUUAAACUUGUGCAUUUUCUCAAUGUCAGGGGUUCUUAAACCUUUUCAGCUGAAGUCCCAAAUGAGAAGUUGACUAUCCUCCCGUGACCCAAAUCAUUCUCCAAUGAGCCAAACUAAGAAUAAAUAGUGUGUGAUUAUAGAUGAUUGUAUAUAUGUUUGUGUGAUACAGGCAUAAUCACAUUGAUUUGAAGUGUUGUAAAGAGACAAGACAGAAUGGGGAGGUGAGUGUCCAAUCCAUAGUUUCACUAAAAUUGGCGAUAUUGGUGAAUGCAAAUACACAGGCAAAGGGCAGUUAUGUUACAAAUCAGAACCUCUUCCAGGAGAGAGAAAGACAGAUGGGCGUUUGUAAGGGCCUCACAUGGCCCCUGUUCCCUAUAUCACUUCCUCUGUUGUCCCAGUGUGUGAGAUUCAGCUGGCUAACCUCUGACCUCUCACCUGUACCCCCUUCAGUCACCUGGAAAGGAAAUAGCUAUAUGACAACACAAAUAAACUCCCACCACACAUCAUCCUAUCCACACAUGGUUGUCAGUGGAUCUAUCCAUCGAUCCCCCAAAGCCAUCCAGCAUCUGGCUGGAAACCCCUGACGCCUCUGGGAGAUAGAGUUCUGUGAGGUGGAAGGCUUUUCAUGUAUUCCUAGGAGCACUGAAGCCAAUAGUGAAGGAAAUGUGUUGUGAAUCGUGCUUUGUCUUAUGAUGAGUUUGUUUCAGCAAGGAAUUAGUAUAGUCUCUGGGUAUACAAAUGGAAUAGAUUACUCUUCAUUGUAUUCAUCCAUCUUCAUUAUUCCUCAGUCAGAGAAUGUUUGAUUUGACCCAGUUAUUUUAGCAGUUGUACCCUUUCUUUUACCUCUAAUACCCUUUUCACACUACUGAACUGAGCCGAACUGUAAUGCUCUGGUCUGGCUACACAUCCACCAUUGUUGCUGGAGCCAGCACAGUUCAGGUUGGCACAGUAGUUUUAAAAGGGUUUAACUGUGUGCAGGCCCAGGGCUGGUAGGUUGAUCCUUUCUCAUGGACAGACAGGUUCAAGCCAGUCUCUCCUCGCUCCCCUGUAAGAAUGGUGUUUCGGAAACACAGAGAGAACAGGAAAGGCAGAGCAGGCUGGGGAAGAAUAGAGGGAUAUCCCCUUACAGGGUUCCCUCCUUUUUCCUUCAGGAUAGAGGGCUGAGAAGUUGGGAAGAGGGGGGGUAUGUAAAUCACUUCACCUGUCUACACACACAGACUCACACACAUGCCCGCACAUACACACAUCACAAACUUCAUCGGAGGUCGUCCUCGUCUGGCUGAUGUUGUUUCGGUGUGUGAUUGUGUAUUUGUGUGUGUGUAUGCGUGUGUGCGUUCAUGCAUAUGUGUAUUGUGUGCCUGCCUGCCUACCUGCGUGUGUGUGUGGUGAUGUGAGACCUGACCAUCAGCCCUCUGUGGCCCAGUGGAUUAAAGCAGGAUCAAUACUGUCAGAUGUUACUGCAGUACCCUGAGAAUGAACCCAGGAUGCAGCCUGCAGGCGGUGGAGCCUGCAGCCGGUGGAGCCUGCAGCCGGUGGAUCCUGCAGCCGGUGGAGCCUGCAGCCGGUGGAGCCUGCAGCUUGGGGCCAGCCUGGGCUUUAGAGCUUAACACCCCAUUUUAAUUACACUUGACAAGAGAGGAAAAGUAGUAUAGCAACUCAGACGAGCUGUUAUUUACUGGGUUGUGGGAUGGCGUGGCUUAAUCACUGAAUGCAAUUUAAUUGCAUUGGUGUAGUUGGUGUCCGACCAGGGUAGUAGAUGCAAGAUUAUGUUGAGGAUGAAUGCACUGCAGCCUAUAGAUGUUGUGUUGGAUUGAUUACUUUUGACAUUUUCCUUGAAGAUUUUGGUUGGAGAAAAUAACUGCAAUAGCUGAGCUGACUGGGGUCCCUUGUUGUAAUAUGCAAUUCCGCCCCCCAGUGGUUCUGUAAACCCACACUAAUAGAACCAAUCUCUCUCCUCUCUCCAGGUGCCACCAGGGACAUAGGUUCAGCUCUGACCAGGAUGUGCAUGAGACACCGCAGCAUAGAGACUAAACUACGCUACUUCACCAAGUAAGUGGUCCACGUUCAACCUUGCCUGAUUCCUCUCCCUACAUCUCUGUGCAUUGCUAAUGGUGCUACAAGUCUCCCUCUUCUUUCCUGUCCUCCCCAGUGCUCUUAUGGAAGGCCUAGUCACUCCCCUCCAGGACAGGAUAGAGGAAUGGAAGAAGACAGCAUACCUGCUGGACAAAGACCACGCCAAAGGUGAGUGACAGAACAACCCCGCCAUUAUGGGGUCAAAGCUUAAGCACUUUGUGACAAAUGUGUCAUAACUCCAGAGUGAAUUUUCCCUCUUUCCUCCUCAGAAUACAAGCGGUCUCGUCAGGAGAUAAAGAGGAAGUCCUCAGACACCAUGAAGCUCCAGAAGAAAGCCAGGAAAGGUAACAUCUAACCGCACCCUGUAACAUGAUCUGAUUGGCCUCUUCUUCCAGGCUUUAGAUAGAGGAUGUUGGUAGUAAUGCUAGUUACCAUCACCUAACUGGGAGAUUGCACCACCUAGUGCCCUGAAUGUGAAAUGCAUUGUCAUGUGUUUCCAAUGAGGGGUAAUUCAGAAAUGUGUAAUUCAAAAGGUUUGGAGAGUUUUUGAGGGGUCAAAAAAUAUAAGGUUUAUGUGUACAACAGCAAGUCCCGCUUUUAUCUAUCUCCAUACUUAUAACGCUGACAGUGAUAACUCUAAUAUUGGGCUUUCUGUCUGCUUUCUUUCCCCCCCCCUCCUUCCCCUCUUCCCUCUUUCCACCCAUGCUACCUAUCUGUCUACUCCUCUGCCCCCUCACUGGCCUAUUCCCCUGCUGUAGAGCUUCUAGGUAUGUGUGCUGUGCUGUCACAUUCUUAUAUGCAUUGCAUGAGGCAUUUCAUGAUAAUGCUAUAGUUAUUGUCCAGUGUGUGUGUGAAUGUGUGUGUGUCCUGCAUCAUCACGUCAUUGUGUGUGACCAUCUUACCAAUAGUGUUGUGUCUGUCUGAUACUGGUGUCUCCUAAUAUUCCUCCAUCACUGUUAUCAUCCCAACUCCUCUUCAUACCCCUCUUAGUCAUCAUGUCACCAUGUUUCAUACAUGACAGCUGAAUAUUUCAUCACAGUGUUGUGUUUUCCUGUGCUUGUUAACCAUUUUCAUUUCAGGACCUCCAUCCAUAUCAAGUGGUUGUUGCUCAUCUCAUUUAGGACUCACAUGGUCUCAUAUGUGCUGUAGUUUCAUCCUAUUCUCACUGACACAUUGUUUCAUUUCACUGUAGUGUUGUUCUUCAAUGGCGGUCUGGCCUAUGGCACACCGGCAGGCCCAAACUUAGCAGAGUGUUCUAAUCACCAGUCUUUCUUUUCCCCCUCCCUUCUCAUUUCAUCCUCAUCCUCUAUCCAUCUUACCUAAUGCCCCUCAUCGGCACCCUGUUCCCCCUUCUCUCACUAUUGACCCCUCCCUCCGCUAUCCCCUGACCCGUUCUCUCUUCUACCUCUUCUCAUCUUCCUUCCUCUAUCUCCUCUUCUCUCUUUACCCCCCUACCCCCUUCCCUUCCCCAGGCCGGGGGAACCUGCGUCCCCAGCUGGACAGUGCCAUGCAGGACGUCAGUGACCUCUACCUGCUGAUGGGGGAGACAGAGAAGCAGGCGGUGCGCCGGGCCCUCCUGGAGGAGAGGGGGCGCUACUGUUCCUUCAUCAACCUGCUCCAGCCUGUGGUGGUGAGCACAGAUCUAGGAUCAGAUUACCCUCCCCAUAUCUGAACCUUAACCAGUAUGUGGAAAAAUCUUGCCUGACUGUAGAUCAGGGUAUGGUGAUGAGAGAGGAGGGCUGCUGAGAUACCAGAGUGGGGUGGGCUCUGGGGAGAAGUUGCCUUGUUUUUAGGCACAGAUUUAGAAUCUGCUUACCUUCCCCACAUCCUAACCUUAACCAUUAUAUGGAAAACUUGACGUACUAUAGAUCAGUGUCAGGUGUAACUGCAUCCUACAGUCCACGGUAGGGUUGUUUAGUGGGCGUCAUCUGGAUAGAACAUAAAGGGAUGUGUUUCAGCUUUCAUGUUAAAGUUAUUUAAGUUCGUCACAGUUAUUUCAGCUAAUCUAUUUCAGUUAUUUCAGUUAGUCGUAAUGCACAUGCUGUUGUGUCUUUGAAUUUGUGUUGCUGAGUAGAAGGUGUUGUUGUUGAUCCUUAGAAUGGAGAGAUAGGCAUGCUGGGAGAGAUCACUCACCUGCAGGCCAUUGUUGAUGACCUUACAGUGCUGACUGAAGACCCGCACAAACUGCCCCCGGCUAGUGAGCAGGUAUGUACAGUACUCUCCAAUAUACCUGAACACAAAACACACUCCUGUCCAUACACAUGUACUCAUCAUGCAAGCACACAUGCUCAACGAGUAGCAAAGACAGGUAACCAGCGGCAAUUAACACACAUACACACAGAAACCCUAGAGUAAUUCAAUCAACUUGUGGUCAAAUAGGUAAUGCGGUAUUCAGACUUCAGAUCCAGAUUUAACUCUGAUUUACAUUGACACCAAUGACUGAUUUACACGAAAGUCUGAGUUUAGUGAAUAGAUCUCAGGUCUGAAUACUGCACUGAGUUUAUGUAUUGCUUUUGCUAACUGUGUGUUGUGCUAUGCUUCUCCCUCCUCUCCUCAGGUGAUCGGGGACCUGAAGGGUUCAGACUACAGUUGGUCCUACCAGACCCCUCCCUCCUCACCCAGCAGUGCUACUUCCAGGAAGAGCAGUAUGUGCAGUAUCCUCCAGAUGCCCGGUUCCGGUGCCCACCGCCUAAGCAGUGUUUCCUCCCACGACUCAGGGUUUAUCUCUCAGGAUGCCAACACCCAUUCCAAGCCCCCCUCACCCAUGCCCUCUGACAUCACCAGCCAGGUAGGCACACCUCUGAGUCAGACCCUAGACUCCACUCCAGGUUCUCCGCCACGUUCGUGAUUAACAAGACUUGGGAGUAUGGUAACACUUAAGACUAGUCAGAAUCAUGAUGAAGACAAUCCUCUUUUUGGAUGGUAUUUGUUAUUGCUUAUACAAUCAAGCCUGUAAGAUGAUGCUAGAGUUUUUUCCCCAUUAUACUUGGCCAACGGUUGUUAGAAUUACUCUGUAAAUAGAAUGCACAUCAGGGAGAGAAACUGAUGCAGUGUUCCAUAGCAAAAGAGAAAUCUACUGUGUUAGUUUGUCAUAGAAGUGUCCUCUUAUCUCACUCCUUCCAUCUCCAGAAGACCACCAGCUCAGCCUCUUCUGAGGCAUCAGAAACCUGCCAGUCUCUCAGCGGGUGCAACUCUCCCACCGCGGUUAGUACACACUCACAUACACACACACGUAUUGUGGCCCCCAGGGAUCUUCCUAAGGUAUGCGAUAAACACGCUGACUCAGACAUGUUUGUCCAUUCCGCAGUUUGGCUCAUGCUCAUCCUUCGGUACCUUCCGCUCCACUCUCUCUUGCACUGGCUCCAUCAGGCCUCUCUCUGGCAUACUUCCUGGGUCCCCCACAUUUAACCGCUCUCCCGGAGCCAAAACCCCCUCACCCACAUCAAAGGUUCCUAGCUGGAAGGUUUGUUUUCAUUUGCCGUUUUUCCUUUUGAGUUGUCUCUUUUUAAUAUUUUAUUUGCCUAAUUGCUUUUCCCUUGGUUUUAACAACUAAUUUGCAUAAUUCAUGAUGCAUAGUAACUUUAUGAUCUCUCUAUCCAUUCUGUUGUCAAACUCAGCUUUCAAAUCUCUCAUGCCAAAGAUUUGCUAAAACUCAUUGUAAUAACAUUUUCAUGCUUAAGCCUCAGCAUUUUAGCCUGGUCUCAGAUCUAUUUGUGUUGUCUUGCCAAAUCCUAUGGUCAUUGACAUGAGUUGGCAAGACUUCAUGGACCCCCAUACUGCUUCCAUUGUACCACAAGGAAAAAGACUCCUGAACGGCUGAUUGAUAGACAUGUCCUAUCCAAGGGUACAUUGUUUAGUUCAUUUCCUCAUUGCCUCAAUAAUAUCGCCACAGGAUUGGUCCAAAACGAGUACCUACGAGCCCUUAUUGGCUACCACGCUGCAGCGAAGGAGAGAGUCAUUGGAAAGGAUGAGAGAGCAGGCGGUUCCUUCCAGUCCUAAAGGGUUCUCUGGGAUGCAUCCACACACCCCAGACACUCAUAGGUCCAUUCUGGCCCAAGCUGCUAUAGCCACAGCCAAGGUAAUGAUGAGCACACAGUGGAUACAGCACUCAACCAACAGCAUUCAUUGUUGAAAUAUGGAUUUUAAUGUUUGUCACUACUGUAUGGUAAUAUGAGUCUCUUCUCUCUUUCUCUCACUCUCUUCUACCUCUCUGCCUGCGCAUGCGUGUGUGCAUGUGUGUGUGUGUGUGUGUGUGUGUGUGAGCGUGUGCGUCUCUGUGUGCCUGCGUCUCUCUCUGUGUGUGUGUGGAUGUGUGUGUGUGUGUGUGUGUAUGCCUGCGUCUCUGUGUGUGUGUGUGUGUGUGUGUGUGUGUGUGUGUGUGUGUGUGUGUGUGUGUGUGUGUGUGUGUGUGUGUGUGUGUGUGUGUGCCUGCGUCUCUGUGUGUGUGUGUGUGUGUGUGUGCAGCACGGCGGUGAGACCAUGUCCCCAGCAGCCAGUACACUAGCCAUGGUGCUGAUCCGGGGUCUCAGUGUGGAGCAUCAGAAGAAUAGCAGGGAAUCUCUGCAGUACUCCAGUGGCUACAGCACCCAGACCAACACACCAUCCUGCUCAGAGGACACCAUCCCCUCACAGGGUAACACUCUACACGUAUACCUUUAACAGUACCCUACAGCACAGUAUAUAUAUUUUUUACUUUUAUUUAUGCAGGUUAUUCUCAUUGAGAUAAAAUAUCUUACAUACAGUACCUAGAUAAUAUACCUUCUCAAAGCAACAUACACUCUCAAAGUAAUGUACACUCUAGUAUACACAUUUUUCCUCAAGGUAAAUACUGUAUCAUAGUAAAUAAGAUGUAUUUAUCCUUAUCCAAAUGAUCACACAUUAUUAGAUCAGAAACAAAUAUAAUCCAUCCCCUUAGAAAAACCCGCUCUCAUUUGGUAUAGGACGCCAUCCCUUGACCAGACUACAUUGUCUUUCUCCAUUGUUCAGGGUCUGACUAUGAUUGCUACUCUCUGAACGGGGAUGCUGGCACCAGCAGGGAGGCCGACUUUGACAAGUCCUCCACCAUCCCCCGCCACAGCAACAUCGCACAGAACUACCGCCGCAUGAUCCAAACCAAAAGGCCUGCCAGCACCGCCGGGCUGCCAGCCGGAGUGAGCCCUCCUGGGGGUACGCAUGGAGCGACUGCAGGGGGUGAUGGAGGUCGUGACGGGGGGCACGGAGCCAUCACCUCUGGAACAGCCACCAUCCGCCGAACCCCCUCCUCCAAAAUGGGGGUGAGACGCACCCUUUCCACCUCGGGCCCCAUCCCCAUCCGCCCCCCCAUCGUUCCAGUCAAGACCCCCACUGUGCCAGACUCUCCAGGCUACUCCCCUGGCUACUCCCCUGGCUACUCCACUAGCCCCACCCAACAGUGCAUGGGCAGCGAAGAGUACCUGAAUGGGGAUGAGACUCCACCCAGUGCCCUGGAGUACAUGAAGUCCUCCCCCAAGCGGCUGAGCCUGCCUGACACCAGCGCCUGGGGCUCCGAAGGGGGGCUGGACCGGAGCGUCUAUGCCCAGCAGCCCCCUAGUAUGGCUGGCCUCAGCCCAGAGGAAGACUCCCAGCUGGCCGCCAACCGCCACAGCCUGGUGGAGAAGAUAGGAGAGCUGGCGGCCAGCGCCCACGCCCUGGGCGAGGGUCAGUUCCCCUUCCCCCCUCUGGACCUUCUGCCAGCGGACCCAGUCGGGACCAACUCUGUACCUCAACACCCACAACACCUACCCCCCGAGCCCCAGGAGGGAGUGGAUAUGCUGGUGUCCAUAAGGAGGGGUGUGAGGCUCCGCAAGGCGGUCUCCAACGACAGAUCAGCCCCCAGGAUACUGCAGGAUACUGCCGCAGCCUCCAGGAUACUGCAUGAUACUGCCGCAGCCUCCAGGAUACUGCAGGAUACUGCCGCAGCCUCCAGGAUACUGCGGUAG